AACUCGAUCUCUGUGGCCAGCCUCUUGACCCACUCCAGUAGCGACAGCAGGGCACAAUAGGAUUAGGCGACAGCCACCUACGAAAUAGGGGCCGAAGGGGAAGAAACAGCAACCUUGAGCUGUGGCCAGGACCUUGGAGGAGCUGGAAAGCAGCCUACUGCAGAGAUGAAGGGAGAAGCGGGAAGUCAGCUCCGUGAUGAGAAGCCAGAGCAGGAGGGACACAUCUGGGGCUCCAUGCGGAGGACAGCUUUCAUCCUGGGCUCCGGCCUUCUCCUGCUUGUGGCCUUCUGGAACUCAGUCACAUGGCAUCUUCAGAGAUUUUGGGGUGCUUCUGGCCACUUCUGGCAAGCUCAGUGGGAGAGGCUGCUGUUCGCAUUUGAAGGGAAGGAGUGGAUCCUCUACAUGCUAAGUAUCACCCACGUGCCCCUUAUAUUCUUCUGGGGCCUCAAUGGGCUUCUGCUGGUGGUCGACACAACUGGGAAACCCAACUUCAUCUCACGCUACCGGAUUCAGGCUGGCAAGAACGAGCCGGUGGACCCUGUGAAACUCCGCCAGGCUAUCCGCACAGUUCUGGCCAACCAGGUCCUGAUCUCUUUCCCCAUCAUGGUCCUCUUCUACCCCAUCUGCAAGUUGCGGAGAGACCCUUGCCGCCGAGAGCUGCCCACCUUCCACUGGUUCCUCCUGGAGCUGGCAGUGUUCACGCUGAUCGAGGAGGUCAUGUUCUACUACUCACACCGGCUCCUUCACCACCCAAAACUGUACAAGAAAAUCCAUAAGAAACACCACGAGUGGACAGCUCCCAUAGGCGUCAUCUCCCUCUACGCCCACCCCAUCGAGCACGUGGUCUCAAACAUGCUGCCGGCAGUGGUGGGCCCCCUAGUGAUGGGUUCCCACUUGUCCUCCAUCGUCGUGUGGUCUUCCCUGGCCCUCGUCAUCACCACCAUCUCCCACUGUGGCUACCACCUGCCCUUCCUGCCUUCGCCGGAAUUCCAUGACUAUCACCAUCUCAAGUUCAACCAGUGCUACGGGGUGCUGGGCGUGCUGGACCACCUCCAUGGGACGGACACCCUGUUUAAGCAGACCAAAGCCUACGAGAGGCACACCCUCCUGCUAGGCCUCACCCCGCUCUCUGAGAGCAUCCCCGACUCGCCGAAGAUGGAGUGAGAGGGCCCGGGGGCCAUGCUGGCCGUCCCCUCUGCAGACUACUAAGGUGGCCUGAGGCCUCCAGAUCACACCUAGGGACUUCCUCCUUCAGCCACACACUCUUUAAGGACAGCACCACGAGGACAGGGGGAGGGGCGGUUUCCAGGACAUGUAGGCAAAGGCUCUCCCAACUGCCCUGGUUAUACCUCAAGGGGCCCGAAGUUCACUUAAGAGGGACCCCUCCUUGUGUAGGCAAGAUGGAGAGAACGACAAAUGUAGCAGCCACAAUGCAGGCAACAUGGCUCGGGAGAGCCCCUUCUGCUGCCAGGGUGUGGGGGGACCAGGACACAGCGCUUUACCCCUUUCCUGUCCCCAAAACUUCUCUCACACCCAACUCGGGCCGGGGCCCCAACACCCAGGCUGCAGUCACAGCGGUCAAGACCCCAUCCCCCAUCACACACACACUGAGUCAGUGACAAUGCUCCCAUGUUAUCUUGGACCCACGGCCAACAAAAAUCAUCCAUCUCGGGAAAGGAAAAUACCAAUUGUGGACGCUCCUCCCUGGAUGCAAUGCAGACCUCAGAGAGGCGCAGCCCGAACGCCAAUACCUUCAGCCAUCCCCGGGAACCAGAGGCAAGCCCGGGACACCUGCUAAGCUGGGGGCCCUUAAACCUAUGGAAGGGAAGGUCCCAGUUGCUGACCUUUGGGGUCACCUGACUGAGGCCCCUAAUGAGUCUCAGAAGGAGGACCUGAGGCUAGAACCCUCUUCCUCCAAUGAGAAGGCAAGAAAAACACGGCUGAACAAAGGGCAAAAUCCUCAUCUGUUCCUGUAGUUUCACACCACUUACUCAGGAUUUUAGCAAGGGUGACUUUUCAAACGAAAUUGUACCAGGAACCUUAUCUAAAAACCACAGGUGCAGUCCCCUCACUUACUUUUCCUCAGCAGCCACUGACACUGCUGGGGACCCUGUGGCUCCCAGGAACCACCGAAGACCACUCCAAAGGCCACCAUAUGUCAGGCACUAAAUUCUUAUACAUACUUGGGUCCAUUCCUGAACUUGCGGUUCUAGAACACCCAGGUCACCACUCCCUGUAGCUCUGUGCAAUACUUCACACCUGAUAUGGCCGAGUCUCCAGGCAGAACCAUCAAAAAGGACCCAUCAGUCCUAGGACCCCAGAGAACCUGCCCAGUAGGCCAACUGGGUGUUUACCAGGCAGUCCUCCCAGGCCUUGCCCAGCCCCCCGCCCCCCCCCCCGCCCCCGGCACUGGUGCACCCGGCCCCUCCCUAGGACAACCUGUAUAUACCCUUAGCUUGAAGUACAACUCUAGUGCAUGGAUGCUCUACGUUACCACGGCCGCUGGCCUACACCCACAACCUUUCCCUACACUUAGCCCACCUUCAGUAUACUUAACAAGGGCAGGAAAUGAGGAACGUGGAGAAAGAAGAAUGGAACACCUUUCCCUCUUCAAGGUCUUGAGAGUUUGAAGGUACAGCAGGGUGCCUAGGGGCACAAGAGGCUGUCCGCUCACCCCCUGGGGCAGGCAGGUGGCUGGGCCCCGUCAGAGGGGCCGGGCCCUACCCUCUUCUGCCUCCAGCAGAAUGGACGUGAGAGGAGGAAGCAUGGAAAAUAAACUGGUUUCCUUUAACUCCA